AUGGGUCGGGGAAAUUUCCUUCAGCUGUCACAAACCAUCUUCACGGUAUUCCCGUGCUUCUUUCUUUUCGGCUAUAACCAAGUCGUGGUCGGCGGACUUGUGUCUUUUCACAGCUGGACUGAAGUGUUCCCCCAACUCGACACCCACAACUUUUGGAUUCAGAUGACUGGAGCUCAAGUCAUCAGCACAUACUCCACCACGAUUUUCGAGGACAAUCUGAACCUUUCGGAUGGCGUGACUCGGAUACUAGCAGCGACUGCGUUGACAUGGAAGUGCCUCGCGUCUUUUAUCACGUUUUUCACGAUCGAUCGCUUUGGCCGAAGAAAGUUGUUCUUAUUCUGCGGCGUCGGUAUAACGCUGUGUAUGAUGUCCAUGGCGAUCACGUCAAGCUUUUCAUCAACCAACCGAGGAGCAGCUAUCGGAAGCACAGUUUUUGUCUUCCUUUUCAACUUCUUUUUCCCGAUUGGCUUCUUGGGACCGAGCUUCCUUUAUUGCACAGAAGUUGCGCCCAUCCGGUUACGGGUUGCGAUGACAUCUAUCUCACUGGCAAAUCAUUGGAUAUGGAACUUCCUUGUUCAGAUGGUCACACCUGUUGCCUUGGCGACUAUAGGCUAUCGCUAUUACAUAGUUUACACAGUUAUUGGGCUCACCUACGCCGGAUCCGUUUAUUUCUUCUACCCAGAGACAAUGGAUCAAAGCCUUGAGCAACUGGAAGAUUUGUUUCAGCAGGAUAUUUCAAUCUUUGAUACCGUGCGUCUGUCAAAGAGACUAACCAGCUUACCACGAGGUUCACUUGGUCAAAUCGAAGAUUCGAAAGCAGUAUCUGAACAAAUUGAGGAUUCUAGGCCAGAUACCGUGUGA